CGGGACCCCAUGAGGACCUCCGUGCACGUCUCGAGCUGCCGCUUCCUGCGUCUCGGCUGUCGGAACGACGAGCACGAGCUCUUCGCGCCGUCCUACGCCAGGAGCAACAAAAAGCGCAGCUCGAAGCUGCUGCGCUGCUUCCCGCAUUGCUGUCCAGACCACGUCACGCGCAGCUACUGCGGGUGCUCACUGCAUUUGCUCGUCACGUUCGCGUCCGCCGAUGAAACAGCCGCAGCCGAGCGGAACGAGGAUUUGAUUGUGUGCGCACGGUUUGAGACCGCCGUCACGGUGGCUGUGUCGGGCGCGGGGGAGGUUGUCACGGCGUUGCCCACCGACUCCAUCGUGGCGCUGCCUGGGAGUGCCAUACAGCAAUCCGAGUCUGAGAACGACUGGCUGCGCGCUGAGAAAGCCAACGACGUGUACCAGCAGCAACUGCCAGUGAAUACCAUUUUGUAUGUGCUCAACAACCACCGCAAUCCGCAGUGGUACUACGGGUACGAGAGCGGGUCUACGAAGGCCCAGCGCGAGAUGAAACACGUGCUGGCUGCGUACGUGUUCCUACUUCACCCACCGCCUGAGCGUAGUCGGCCUCAGAAAGACAGUCGAGGUGCAAGUGCGGCUUUACCAGUCGCGCGCCUAGCCACUGUGGUUUCUCGUCUGGCGUCGCCAGCGUUCACGAUGAUCUCGUACCGCCGGCAGAAUACUGCGCACCGAACUGCACGCGUCCAAGCAUCCGAAAAGGAAAGCACGGCUGGGAGCCUGCUUUCGGACGAUGGAGAAGGCGUCGCAGAGAUCGACGCAAUGGCGAUAUCUGAAGCUGCCAAAGUGUCGUGGGAAUCAGUAGGAUCUCCUGCCACGCUGGCUGUAGACUCCGGCGCACUUCAAACUGCCACAGUCAAGCGCAUCCAGUUGGCAGCUCUCCAGGACGAUGAAGCAACUUCAACCUCGGUUCAAACUGGCGAGGCAGAGGAAGGCGCUGAUGCGCAGCAAGAUGAGGAAUGGGGAUCAAGUCGUUAUUCGCCACAAGUGCCGCCGCUGGGUCUAAAUCAGAUGGAUUUCCGCAUCCAGCGCCGAUGGCUGGCGAAGAUCCCGCCCGUGAAUCGGACUGAGCAACUCGGCGCAACUGCUGACACCACCGCGCACACGUUGGUGGCGGAGAUCGCCUCGGUCUUCGCCCUGUCGACCUUUGUGCGUGGAUGUUCAGUGGCCGAGAGCGUGGCGGCAAAUAAUCCGCUGCGUGAGCAAGUCGUCCUGCGGUCUUGCGCCGACUUGGUUCUGGACGCGUUCUCGUCACUGCGGGUGCAGCAAAUACUGUCGGCGGCCACUCAAGCGGACAGCGAGGCCGCUACGAGCACCCCAUUGCCCGAGUCGUGCGCACGAUUUGACCGGUUGGUCGGCGAUAUAUUUGAAGAAUUCACGCAGCUACUAGCAGCCAGAAGCAGCAACAACUCGUACUUCGGCGAGCAAUCACACUCUGGUCACGUUUCACUUUCAGCGCUUGUGGACGACAUUCUGUCCCUGGUGUACGCGGAGCCGAAGUACUCUUUUCUUCGCAGCACUGCGUCUGCGCUGUUGCUUCGGAAGGACGAGUCGUUGGAAAGAGCUUCGCACGAGUUGUUUCGGGCGUUCUUACAGCAGCUAGAACAAGGCCGUGGUAAGUUAUGGUCGCACGACCAGUUCAAGGAGGUCCCGGAGAGUACCGCCAGCGCAAACGCCCCCGCCUUAGCAUUGAGCUCCACCACAGAGGUCCAGAUGAUACCACCGCAGGCAGCUCACUUGAUCGAUCCCAGAUACCAACAUGAAGUGGCUGCCCCAAUCCCAGUGAAACAAUCGACCAACGAGUGGGGGAGGCGCUGGUUUCUCGCCCCAUCAUCGAUCUCCAUCGUCCCUCUGGACAUCACACCGGGCGACGAAAGCAACAACGCCGAUCUCCUCGCUUCGUUGCCCAACGCCAGCACUUCUUCCGACUUCUCUGUGCUGACGGUGAUCGCACUCGUCCGGACGCUGGCAAGUGUGGAUGUGGCGCUGGAAGGAACGCGUCUCAGUAUUGGGUCCGCCUCGUGCGAUAGUGUCCAAGAACCUGAGACGAUACCAAACACCGUGCUGGAGUUGGACGGCCAGGUACACGAGUUCGAGACGUUCCCCAACGGCUGGUGCGUCGCGGCUGGCUCCGUCGUGUUAGGCGACGCCUGCAGCUUCAGUCUGUACGAAGGCCGCGUCGCAGACGAUGGCGCAUCUCUGGAGCUGUUGCUGUUUUCCCUCCCGACGUCCUCGAUACAGUGCUGGCUCUCGAGUCGCAGCGACGAGAUUCCAGAGGGGAUGGCUCGUCGAGUACGAGCGCGACUGGUUCUGGGUAGAGGGCGGAGGGAGGAGGAGAGAUGCGUGUCUGUAUUUGCAGAGGUUUGCAGUGCUGCGCCUUCUCACUGGCAGUUGCAGGCUCCCCAGCAGCCAUCACCGGGGUCGCGGACGAGCGUGGACGCGGAGGAUUACCUGGACGAAAUGUCGGCAUUGGGUUGGUCUCCGACCGUUGAGGUGCACGCGACGUAUGUGGGCGUGGCGGCCCUACCAUAG